AUGGCCCUCACCCGCGCCUCCGUCGCCGCCGGGCGCAUGCAGGCCGCCUCGCGCUGCCCCUUCAUGCACGCGCUGCCCACGUCCCGCGCCGCGCUGCUGCCCAACAUCUCGCAGCUGGCCAAGAUGUGCCCGCACAUGUCCUCGGUCAUGGGCGCCGCGGCCGCCGGCGGCAGCAGCUCGCAGGCGCACGCCACGUCCACCACGUCGCACGCCACGCUCAAGCGCAUCGCCGAGCUCAAGAAGAAGGCGCAGCAGCAGAAGGCCGCGCAGCUCGGCGGCCCCAAGCCCUACUCGUCCGCCGUGGCGCGCUUCCCUACGGCGGCCACGCGUCAGAACCGCGUCGGCGGCCUCUCGGCCACGCAGUACGAGAAGGGCUUCGCGCAGACCAUCGAGACCAUCAAGCGCGAGGGCCGCUACCGCCUGUUCGCUGACCUGGAGCGCAAGCGCGGCAAGUUCCCGCGCGCCACGCACCACGAGGACUCGGGCAAGACCAAGGAGGUCGUCGCCUGGUGCAGCAACGACUACCUCAGCAUGGGCCAGCACCCCAAGGUCAUCGCCGCCAUGCAGGAGUACCUUAUGAAGUCGGGCGCCGGCUCGGGCGGCACCCGCAACAUCUCGGGCACCAACCACAACCACGUGCUGCUCGAGCGCGACCUGGCCGACCUUCACCAGCAGGAGGCGGCGCUGCUCUUCACAUCCUGCUACGUGGCCAACGACAGCGUCAUCAGCACCCUCACCAAGAUCUUCCCCGACCUCAUCAUGUUCUCGGACAGCCUGAACCACGCGUCCAUGAUCCAGGGUAUACGCCACAGCGGCGCCAAGAAGUACAUCUACAAGCACAACGACACAAAGGACCUCGAGGAGAAGCUCAAGAUGGCCGACCCCAACGCGCCCAAGCUCAUCCUCUUCGAGAGCGUCAACUCCAUGGAGGGCACGGUGGCCCCGCUGCACGAGAUCUGCGACCUGGCCGACAAGUACGGCGCCAUGACCUUUAACGACGAGGUGCACGCCGUGGGACUGUACGGCAACCGCGGUGCCGGCGUCGCUGAGCGUGACCACUGCCUGGACCGUAUCACCAUGGUGACGGGCACCCUGGCCAAGGGCUACGGCAUCAUGGGCGGCUACGUGGCCGGCAACGCCGCGCUCGUGGACGCCAUGCGCUCGUGCGCCUCGGGCUUCAUCUUCAGCUCGUCCAUGCCUCCCAUGCUCGCCGCCGGCGCCCGCGCCUCGGUAAACCACCUGAAGGAGAGCCAGGUGGAGCGUGCCACCAUGCACGCCCGCUCGCAGGAGCUCAAGAACAAGCUGGUGGACGCCGGCUUCCCUCUGCUGCCGAGUGUGAGCCACAUCAUCCCGCUGAUGGUGGGCGACGCCGUCAAGGUCAAGGAGGCCUCGCGCAUCCUCAUGGAGAAGCACCGCAUCUACGUGCAGCCCAUUAACUUCCCGACCGUGCCCCGUGGCGAGGAGCGUCUGCGUCUGACGCCGCUGCCGACCCACUCGGACGCUAUGGUGGAGGACCUGAUGACGGCUCUGGAGGACGUCUGGACCACGCUCGACCUGCCGCGCCACUUCGUGCCCAAGGGCGAGUACCUGCCCAAGGUGGAGUGGGCCAACUCGCCGCUGGAGAUCGCCGGCGAGUUCGUGGUCGAGUCGGCUCAGGAGGCUGCCUGCGCCGCCUAAGUGGCCCCCAAUGCGGCGUUGCCUCGCACUCCGUUAAUGGAAGAGCCCGAGGCCCAUGCCGCCGCCGCCUAUCCAAAAUCAACCACACAACAUUAUGCGUAACGAGUAGGAUGAGGAACCAAAAGGAAGAAGAGCGUAAGUCUCGGUUAAUGUAUCCCCACGAUCCUGCUUCUCCAGAAGGUGACAAGCAGGACCAGGAAGUUCCAUCCUAUC